AACUUCCUGACCUGACGCUGGCGCCUCUGUCGCUAGGGACGCUUCGGCUAAGGCAACACGAUGGACCAGGAAGAGAGGCUGACGGCCGUGGACAACAUAGUCACUCAGUUCAACACCUAUGAAGAUUUCCUCGACUCGCAGAUCACUUCCGUCGACCUGUACUACCUGGAGGAUGAAGGCCUGGCUCGCCAGUUGGUGGAGCUAGGCUACCGGGGGACCGGAGAGGUGGUGAAAAGGGAAGAUUUUGAAGCAAGGAAGGCAGCUAUAGAGAUUGCAAGGCUGGCUGAAAGAACUCAGAAAAAGACAUUAACAAGUGCUGGUAAAGACCUGCAAGAUAAUUUCCUGAAGACUCUGGCAGUGAGAGAAGAAGACAAUCACAAUGGAAAAGUGAGCACCGUGAUCUUUAUUCGUGACAAAAACUCGCAUGGGCAGGAAGUGUCAGGAUACAUUGACUAUGCCCACAGACUAAAGAUUGAAGAUUUUGAAGUCUAUUUUAGUGGAAAAAGAAGACUUCUUCCAAAACCCACAGAUAUGAGCUUUUACAACUGGGACAGUCAUAUUGCUGUUUGGAAUUCAACUCCCAAUUAUCAAGUGAUUGCUGAUAAUCUAGAAGGCUUACUUUUCAAAUACAAAAGAGACAGAAAAAUUCUCAAUGUGGAUCCAAAGGUUCCCCCAGGUGACAACUCUACUAGAAUCCCUAUCCAGACAGACCUCUACAUUCAAGCUGUCAUUUUUGACCACAUUUCCAGAAGAAAGACUUAACUACCAACAUGCUAGAUGGCCCCCCUAAUGGGCUUGCUAAAUUUAAAUGAAUGCUGUAACCAGAAGCAAAUUAGAAUAAUAAAUGAGCUCUGUAGCUGGAAGACAAAUUAGAAUAAUAAAAGUUGAUAAAGAAAUUAGAAAGAAAACCAUAAUCUUGACUGUCUUUGUGUGGUAUAGAUAUUAAUCCCAUUUGAGUUUUUUUUUUUAAAUUUUUACCCUAAAUACUGAAGCUGACUGCAACAGUUCAUGGGAGAGAAUCUUCUUGCUACUUUAAAGAUAUAGUAAUUAGUGACUAUAUUGUAACUCAGAUCUUCCAAAACAAAAAUGUUCCAGGUCCUACUGUUGCCAAAUAUAGUGGACCAAAACCCAUACCAUGUGGCAGUGCUGUCUACUAAAUUUGUUGAAUAUCGAUAAGAGGUCUGAAAUUGAAGAACAAGAGUAAAAAAAUAUAAAUACAAAGUUUUCAAUAGACCUAAAUGAGUAAAUAAAUUCUGAAAUGUCCCAUGACAUGAUGUAUAAAAUGAAUGAAGUGUUUGAUAUGUUUAUGUGCCUGGACAAUAUGAACCCCAUGACAAUGAAAUCUAAGAGAAACUGAAAAAUUUUAGAGAAGUGAGGACUUCAUUAGAGAAAAGCAUGCUUUCCUAAUGUGCCCUUGCAGGUGGCUUUUGUGCAGAAAAGAUAUUAUUCAGAGGUCACUUGUGGUUUAACAAUUAAUAUUAGUUUCUUCUUCUUCUUUCUAUUCUCUUCCCAUUCUAAACAACCUAGUACUAAGGCAAUCAGCUGGGCCAAGCAAGGUAGAAAUCUGCUCACUAUGUGGGAAUGGGAAAGCCCAGAGCAGAGUGUCAGAGUUCCAAUGGGGUGAGCAAGGUGUAUUCAGCAGGAAACUGAUGGCCCGACAUGAGAUGGUAGAUCCACUCAGAAUGAGUAGAGUGGUGUUAAAUUAGAAUGGGAUAUUUUGGUGUGAUCUUAUCAUUUUCAAUAUAUACAACAGAUACAGAAUGUAUGUUAAUGUAUGUACAUAUACAUCUUCCCUCACUCAGUUCAAAGAGAGGGCCUCAAAGCAACAACACCCUAUAUGGAUGAGCACAUAUAGCACCCAGAUCUUAGUUUGUCACCACCAUUUUCUACCAAAAGGAAAUAGCAAUCCUUGGGAAAAUGUCCUGGGCUGAGACAGGGAAAAUACAAAGGCUAGAAUAAUUUUUUUUGUACCAGAAAUCAAAGAAGUUCUUGAAAAAUGAAGGGGAUUUGUCAAAAGAAUAAUGAAUCCACCUUGGAAACGUUCCCAUUGGCCAAACCUGAGAAAGGUUGGGCAUCAAAAUAAUGAAAACAACAGAAAGCAGGAAAUUAUGAGCCCAUAAGGAUCCACAGAAAGGAAUAAAAGCAAAGUUUGAUGAAGAACAGGAUAUUUACAUAGUAUCUCCCACAAAACAUGUAUUAGUUAUAGAGGGAAUGAUGGAAAAACCUGGAAGACACCACUUUCAAAAAGUGAUCAAAGAGAAUGUGUUUAGUAAUGAGGCAAACUGAAUUUGUUCCCCACCAAGUAAUAUGAACACAGGAACUCCUCAUCACUUUUGUAAUAAUCCUGCCAAAUUUACAUAACCUGAAUAUAACCAAGAGAAAACUCAGGAAAAAAAAUCUGUGGACAUUAUGCAAAAUAACUGGCCUGAAAUCUUCAAGGAGUCAAGUUCUUGAAAACAGAAGACUGAGAAACUGUCUCAGAUUGAAGGAAACUAGAGACACGUGAUCAUCAAAUGCAACCCAUGAUUCUGAAUUACAUUCUUAUCCUAUAAAGGGGAUUUGGGGACAAUUGGUGAAAUUCGAAUUUUUUUGAAGAUGAGUAAUGUAAAAUGUAGUAAUGUAAAAUGUCUAUGUCCUACUUUUGAUGAUUAUGUUGUGGUUAUAUGAGAAAAUAUCCUUGAUUUUGGGAAAUUACACUAAAGCAUUUGGGAGUCAACAGGCAUCAUGUCAGCAAAUUAUUUAUAAAUAUUUCGGGGGGAAAAGGUCUUUGUGCUAUACUAUUUCUGUAAUUCUGAGAUUAUUUUGAAAUAAAGUAAGUAUUUGAUU